AUGGUGACUACGCGAUUAGUUCGAAGAGGAGCGGUUGAAGAGAAUAUGCAGGAAGAGGUCGGAACUUCCAAUGAUCCGCAGGUAGAGAUAGUUUGUUUGAGGGAGAAAGUGGCGCAACUUGAAAGGGAGUUAGGCGAACGAGAUCAUACGGAGCGGCAGGAAACUCAGGGAGACUCCUUGCGUGGUGAUCCGGGGAGUCCCGCGCACGAGGGCCCACCCCCCGAGAGGACAGCUGUGGAAGAGAGCAGCACUGAAGGUAACAUGGAGCUCGGCAGCCUUAUAAGGAAAAAUGAGAAGGAGAAAAAGGAGUGGGCAGAGAAGUUGGCUAAAUUGGAGCAGCAGUGUGACUACUUGAUGGGCUCCGCCCAGUCGAUGGCCAAGGGAAAAGCUUCACUGGCCGAUAAUUUGUUUUCCACCGCCGCGUCCCCUUUUACUGACCAGAUAAUGUCAUGCCAACUUCCAAGUGAAUUUAGAGUGCCUGAAAUACCACUGUAUACAGGGCUGGGGGACCCAAUUGAGCACCUCGCAAGUUUUCGCGCCCAUACAGUGUUGCAUGCCACCCCGGACGAGGUCGCAUGUCGAGCCUUCCCCCUUACUUUGGCGGGGGGAGCUCGAGAAUGGUUCAGAACCCUGCCGCCUCGUUCAAUCUCGAACUUUGAAGGCUUUGCUAAAAAGUUUGCAUCACAAUUCAUGACGGGUGUUGUUCGGAAAAAGCCUGCUCAGCAUCUAAUGACCAUUAAGCAGGGCCCACAGGAGUCGUUGCGAAAUUAUCUGCUCCGUUUUAAUCAAGAAAGGUUGGCUGCGGAGAGCCAAAGUGAGCAGUUCGUUCAUUGCGCCAUAUACCAGGGCAUAAGGAAGGAUGGUGCCCUUAUGGCGGAUUUAGCGAGGAGGCCGUCCGAAGGGCUACAGGACUUCCUGGACCGAGCUGAAGAGUUCGUAAACCAGGAGGAAACCCUCCGUGCGUUCCGAGGGGUCGAGGGGCUGGUGAAGGAAAACCCCAUCCCGGACAGGAAGUUGAAAUCGAGGACGGCCCCGGUAGGAAGGGAGGUGGCCGAGCGCGGACCCGCUAGGAGAGUUGAAAGUUAUCACUGGACGCCCGUGAAUGCUCCGACGAAGGAGAUUCUCAUGGAGAUCAGAAAGGAUCCGAACUAUAAGGAUCCCUCGCCAAUAAAAGGCCGGCCGCCUCAUCACAACCGGCAUAAGUACUGCCACUACCAUGACUCUUUUGGUCACUAUACAGACAAUUGCAUUUCUCUGAAAGAGGUGAUCGAAAAGUAUAUAGCUGAUGGCAAGUUGAAACGUUUCGUGGAGAGACGUCAGAGCUCCUCGGACAAGCGCCCUGCGUACAAGUUUGCGGGGAACCAGGGAUCAUCCGGGCGCGAUGCACGCUCAAGAAAGCAGCAGUACUAUCGGGAAAGAAAACCGCCUCAACAGCCCCGCAGGGAUGUCCGGGCGGAGAAGUCGCCUCAGCGUGAGCGGAGCAAAAGCCGCGGGAGGCCGCAGGACUCAGGGUGUUUCCCCAAAAUCCAGACUAUAGCUGGAAGCUUCGGAGGUGGAGGCGAGACUUAUUCAGCUCGCAAGUCUUAUGUGAAGGAAAUGCGAGAAGUGUCCAUUUACGCAGUCGCAAGGCCGGGAAAAACUGCGAGGCGCGAGAUGUUAACCAUCACCUUCUCGGAUGAGGAUUACGAGGGGGUAUACUUACCCCACUCGGAUGCCCUGGUGGUAACCAUGGUCAUAGGAAAUCACAGGAUUCAUCGGGUCUUGGUGGAUAAUGGUAGUUCAGCGGACAUCCUGUAUAAGUCGGCCUUCGACUUGAUGAAAAUUAGUGAGGACAAGCUUUCUGCUUUUUGA